CGGUUCUGUGUGUGAGCGCGGCCGUGCGCUUCGGGCCGCUCUGCAGUGGAAACCCGACCAACAGACGACGGACGUCGGACAGCUGGGGACAGGGACACUACGGAGCCACUCGAGAUACCAGGGUCCAUAAGGGUCUGGACAUCAUCUGUAGUGAUGGAUCUACGGUCCUGGCUCCAUUUGAUGUGACUCUGAACGGAAAACUGACGGUCUACAGAGACCAGAGCAAGGAGGCCAUCAACGAGGGCAUCAACCUGAGUGGACAGGGUCUCUGCUUUAAGCUGUUCUACGUUAGACCAUACAAGACCUCUGGGUCUGUCAAGAAGGGAGAACAGAUCGGAACCAUGCUGCCCAUGCAAACGGUCUACCCAGGAAUCACUUCACAUGUCCACAUCCAGAUGUGUGAUCGCAGUGACCCCACACUGUACUUCUGAGCAGAACCACCAGGAAUGAGUCUGCAAACGUGAUCCACUCACCAAAGACCUGAUCUACCAAACAAAGACCUGAUCCACUCACCAAAGACCUGAUCUACCAAACAAAGAUCUGAUCUAACAAACAAAGACCUGAUCCACUCACCAAAGACCUGAUCUACCAAACAAAGACCUGAUCCACUCACCAAAGACCUGAUCUACCAAACAAAGACCUGAUCAACUCACCAAAGACCUGAUCUACCAAACAAAGACCUGAUCUACCAAACAAAGACCUGAUCCACUCACCAAAGACCUGAUCUACCAAACAAAGACCUGAUCCACUCACCAAAGACCUGAUCUAACAAACAAAGACCUGAUCUACCAAACAAAAAUCUGAUCUAACAAACAAAGACCUGAUCCAC